AUGCACUUUUUGGAUGACGAUUUAGAGUGUAAGUUUGUUUGAGAUUAAUUUGAUUCGUUGCCGUUUUUACUUUAAUGUAAUAGUUGUAAUUUUUAGUGGUUGAUGGAAUAUCUGCUGUCUUUCGCGAAAGAUGUGCAGAAUUGCAAGAAUUGGAUCGUGACGCCACAAAUCUAAAUACUUCGAUGACUGCCCAGAAGAAGAAAUUAUUUGCGAAUUAUAGAAGAUUUACAGAAGAAGAGAGAAAUAAAAAGGCAAAUGAGAUCAGGAAGGGAUUGCGGAAGGUUACCGAGUUAUAUAGGAAGAAGUAUCAGUUGUCAUGCGAGUUGGAAGCAUUGAUUGGAAGAGUCAACAACAAAGUCAAGAAAGAUGUGCACGACUUCAGAUACGAGCUAGAGAUGGAGAAUCCUGAAUGCACUUACGAAUUCGAGAAAAGUAAGUUGAUGUUUGCAGUUGUUCUAUUUUUUAGAAUUUGCGGAAGACUUUAGUUUCAAAAAAUCGACAAGACCCACGAAGAAGGAGGUGGAAACACCAGGCAGAAGUAGAACGAACACCCGGUCAAAUAUCCUGUCUGAUCUAUGGCCUGUCUCAAGAACAAAUAACAGAAGCCGGAGUGGAUCCAUAGUGGGAACGCUGCAGAGAAGGCUAACUGUAAACACGCAGACCCAGCUAUUCCUUGGACGCAAACGUGGUUAGUUUAGAUUUUUUGUAUACGGUUAGGAUCGUUUUCUUCUUAUUAUUAAAUUUAUUCAGAAGCAUCUUCAAGAGCUUCGUCAGAACAUUCCCCGACUCCAUCUACAUCAAGAUCGACCCCUCGGCCAUCACCUGCGCCGAUUUCUCCAGCAAUUAGAGUAUGUUUUUUGAUUAGUACGACAUGCAGGGUGGGGCAUCUUUGUGGCGCGAUUUAAAUUGGCUUAUUUAAAUUUGGAUAACGCCGUGAAUCUUCAGACGUCCCCAUUUUGUUUAAUAUCAAAUAUGUUAUACCCAUUUAGUAGACUACAGUAAAAAUUGAAGACAAAAAAAAGCUCUAAUUUUCAUAGCUGACAAGGGAAUUACCCCUAGUGCGACUCUCAGAUUUUCUUUAAAUUUUGCACAUGGGCCGGACAUAGGCCGCAUAUCAAUUCCUCAAAUUUUUAGGUCGCGCCUUUCAGGGGCGGCCAAGAUACUCAGCGAUCUUUUGCAUCCAAGAGUGUACGAGAGUCACACAGAAAAACUUUUUGGCGAUCUCCAGUUUAUGUAAUAAAUUUGGUAUUAAACCAAAUGGGGACGUCUGGGGAUUCAGGGAAAGAGAGAAUCAUAAGAUUUGACCAAGAACUAAAAAAGUUAUAGCCAAUUCAAAUCGGGCCACAAAUGCCCCACCCUGUAUUUUUCUUUUCUAAAUUUCACAUUUUUUGUUUUCAGAAAUUUCCGCGACAGUCCUUCUCCAUUUUGGACACACCUGAAUCCUCCGCUUCUCCUCAACCCGACUUUGAUCCUAAUUCUACAAGCAUGCCAGCAUUCGCCGGAGGACAAGAAAGUCGUCACGGGCGACCGAGAAAACUGACAACCAAAGUAAAACAAAUGUUGGAGCAGAAAAUGAGAGGAGUUCAAUACCAUCAACAAGUGUCGAGUCCUCUGAUCACUCAAGGAUGCACAGCUGCCACCAUCAACAAUCCACCGAGACCAGCUUCUCGAAAUUCAAGAAGGAAUUCUGUGGCCAGUACAUCCAACAGAAUAAAGGGAACAGUGGAAUGUGAAACGGAUAAUAGCAUGGAUGGAAUGGAUGAGGAUUACGAGACUGAAGAAGAAGAAGGAGAAGAAGCGCCUCCAGAAGAGGAAGAAGAACCCGAGGAUACCGACGAAUCGCUUUGGUGUCUAUGCCAAACAAAGGCCUUUGGUGAUAUGAUUGCCUGCGAUAAUCCUCAAGUAAGUAUACCGUGACAAUAGAGUUUUAACGAUGAGUUUUCGUCAAAUAGUCAAUAUAAUUAAAUGCCUCUCUUAGUGUCGUCUUGAAUGGUUCCACUACGAAUGCAUCGGCAUGGUCGACCCUCCCACCGGCAAGUGGUAUUGUCCGGAGUGCACUCAGCUAGGCUUCCAGCCAUCUCCAGUCAAGCGCCUUCAGUAA